AUGUCCAAAAAGAGUGAUGUAAAGCAAAGUUUAAUCGCAUACACGGUUGACCCGACGGAAUGUCCGUUUCGCGAGUUUCGGGAUAACGAACUGUCUAUUGAUUCUUGGGGUAUGGGUCCAGCCGCAUUUCGGGCGAGCCACGUCAUGAGUAAGAUUCCUAUUAAACCUCACGCGGAACAAGCCUGGGCCGAUGAUCAGACUCAACCGCUCCCUCGCUCUGUUAGGCAAUUCUUGCAUGGCUGGAUCAGAGCUGAAGAUCUGGCGUAUAAUAGAUGGGAGGCUGAAGUUGCUAUAUUUGAGGAUGCAAAUGAUAUAGCUAAAAUGAACAUAACAGAUAUUCAGCUAAGCCACGCCCAAGUGCUGUUACGUUCUUCAUUUUGCAGAGCAGUGCUGUCCAUUUGCUAUAUUCUAGAACGAAUAGACAGUGUAGUGGUGGAACAUCAAUGGGAGAACUUUACGUUCACAAUAGGUCCCGAAGGCUGGAGAGCCAGGUACCACAUUUACUCACCUGGUCUGAAACCGGGGGGCGGAGCCCAGCAUCGACCGACGUUGUCCAAAAAUGGUUGCUACCUCGUCCGACUAUUCUACUUGGGAGCAUGGCGUUGCGUGUGGGUAAGCGACCUGGUCCCAAUUGACGCCACUGACUCUCCCCUUCUUCCAUUUUCACCAAUCGUAUGUCACGCACCUCCAAAGCCUGGAUUGAAGAUGGGACCAACGGCUGUAACGUCUCAAGUGGUACAUCUGUGGCCACUGCUUAUUUGUAAGGCGCUGCUCAAGUUGGCCGCUCCCGACAUGAACUCGGACGAGGGCGCCGAUUUUGAAGAUGAAUCGAUGCCCGAGUUUGAUAUAUUGCACACUCUAACCGGUGCAAUGAACCUGACUCAUCGGAUCAGGGGUGACCUGGCAGACCCCCACAGGCUCUGGGAACUGAUAACGUCCGAAGUGUCAGUGUUUUCUUGGGACGAAGACAGCGACACUAUGUUGAGCACCACCAAAACUAAGAGCACCAAGAAACCUACCACCAAAGAGACUUCUUCCGUGCGCCGUAACGCCGUGGCGACUAUACUGAUUGAGGACACAAAAUGUCAGCCGCCGUACGCCUUACCAGGCAUCACUCCCGGUCAUGAGAUGGUCUUACUCGUGACUAUGGCGAGAGAUCUGCCCUUGAAGAAGCCUCUACCCGAACCAGAUGUGCCAUUAUGGAAAACCUAUCGUUGGGUGGAUUGGGCCAGACAACAUGGUUUAUACGAAGCCUACGACUGUCCCCGGACCAAGUUCCUAAAGGUCAACGGCCUCCUGAAGUUGUCCCACGCCCCGCAUCUAUUGGAUGUGCAAAGCACUGAAUCUGUGAAAAAGGGUGUAAAAGAUGUGAAUCGAUCGGGAAAUAUAAAUUCAUCUAACCAGCAAUUCAAGGAGGAACUGCGUGAAUGGAUCCAGUUUGAUGCACUAAGUAAGCGUAUCAAAGAAGUGAACAUCCUCUUCUUUCCAUCGAUGUAUCAAUACACGACAGCGGCCAGUAGCCCCCCUUUAAGAGUUACGAAAGCACCGACCAACAAAGCCCUUGAUAUCCCAGCCCCCAAAUCCUCUCCCCUCUACCUGCAAAUAGAUGGCCCUGAUGAGAACGUUCUGAGGAUAUCGCUGGUCAUGCUCCAUCCAAGAGUUCUCUUCAACUGUGGUCUCCCAGUCAUAGAUUACAUAGAACCGGCGUAUUUAUUGCUCGAGGUGUUUGAGUGGUUUAAGGACUGUGAACUGCCGAGGGCAAAAGCGUAUAUAGCAACCCGAGGAUAUGAUUCGGUCGAAGUUAGCUUCGAGCCUGGCAGACACUUUUGUAGGGUCUGGGUACAUUCUCGUAUGAAUUGGACUGCGAUGUUACUGAGCGAUUCUACUCUAGUAUUGGGCGGUAGAGAUGUCAUUCAAUCAGCGGCAGUUCGCGAAUGCCCAUGGGCGUCAAGGUUUCUUACGAACUUGAGCGUUGCUUUUACGAACUGGUUGCGAGCAUCAAGAUCUAGUGCCACUUUGACAACGAACGAUAAAGAAUUUUAUAAUUCAUAUCAGCCCGACCUAGAAUGGGACGAGGAAGUGGUCGGAUUCAAUAAAGCGUUAUUGCAUUGGAUGUUUCGUCAGGCACUACAGUCGUUAUUGAGCAAAAAACUCUUGCCACAAGAGUACCAAGCCGUCUGUUCCGUUCUUAGGAAAUACUUCCAUGACCCGGACUUCGGUUUUCCACCGAAACCGAAGCCACCGAGGUCUUUGAGAAGUAUCGCUUUGCUCGAUCCCUGUGACUGCGUACUGCCUGAGGCUGAAGAGAUUGAGAUGUUACCAGAACAACUGGAAGAAGAGCAACAGGUCGCAGAAGAGAAGCCAGUUGUAGACAAAGAGACAAUGGAACUUCUUUUAAGUCCGCCCAAGUUUCCCGUCACUUCCAACGUAUGCGAACUAGCUACAGAAGAAGUUCCUUGUGGGAUUUUGAAAGAAGAGAGAGAGAAGGUUAUAAGGAAGCACGAAGCAGCUAGAAUAAUUCAAGCACAUUGGAGAGGCACUUGGGCCAGGAAGUGCCUAACAGCACCGUUAGCUGUGCCAGCUGAGAUUAUUAAAAUCUUAAUGGACUACGUUUUCGGCACCUUCGAAACAUUAUCAGCCCUUAUGAAUAAGUUCUUCGGCAUGUACCCUGGAGCUCGUUACGCCUAUUCCGUCGCAUCUGCCCUCAGUGGGGUCUAUGGCCUGCAGCAGCACAGUGGACUAUCACCAAUCACCCCAAAGUGCAAGUGGAUUCCGUUCUUUCAGGGAGUGUUCUACUGUCACGCACCCGUCAAGGUCCACUUUGACGUACAAAGCACUCUACAAUAUAGCUCCUUUAUGGUGUACGAUAAUGAUACUGGGGCCCAAAUGCCCCAAGCCUAUAAUUCGCACGUCACAUUCGAUAUCCAUCCUAAUGAUCAUGGCUACACAGUAAUGGGUAACGGUACACUGACUCAAGCGCAAGGAGCUUACUCCGAUGCGCACUGGCAACUAACAGUAUUGACCAGCAUAUCCGACGUCUUCCAUGUUUGUGAUAAUGAGGAAGGUGGCUGCAAGGAGAUACCUUUACCGUCUGCAAGCAAAUUGCACGUCGAUGAGAUCUUUAUACCGAAUAGACGAAAUAUUUUGGGAGGAAUACAAAUUUUCGUGUCGAAACAUGAAGCGAUUAGGUUCAGAGCGGCUGCUACUUCUUCUGAUUUGGAAAUGGAAGCUAUUCUCCGAACAACAGGCCCGGACGGGGAAAUUGAAGAGGUGGGCAGAUGUGCUGGAACUGGAGAACUGCUCUGGCCUUACAUCAGAUUGGAACCAACCCCAACAAACUUGCUGGUGACACCGGCCAAGAAGCGGUCUAUGUCUAACUUAAAUGCGGCGGACCCUAGUUCCAUUUACUCCAGUGCUCGUUCGUUGAAAGUGCCAAAGCAGAAACCUUCGUCUGCCGGUCCGAAGGCUAGGUCAGCUAUGAAGCUUAAAGACACGAAGAUUAUCGUAGAACCAAGACAGUAUACGAUUGAGGUGAUCGCUCCUAAGGGCUGGCCUCUCACCUUGCAACAGUGGAAUAGAGUGGAUGAGGUCCGCAACUCCCUGGAGGUCGCUAAAGUUGACGCAACUCCUAAAAAACCUGCCAAAGAAAAGCCAUCCUCGGCCAAGGAAAGAGACAAAUCUCCACCAGCUCAACAUCGUCAGCCACAACCUGGGGAUGCAUAUGUUGAAUUAGAAUGCUCACUGUCCAUUGGUGGUGGCUCCAUCGCCAGGCGUGAUGAUGAAAGGGAUCUUCAGUUCUCAGCUGCAAGAAAGGCCUGGGACGCGAGAGAACCAGGGAGAAAUUUGAGAGGGGCAUUGAUUAGGAAAGAAUUUAGAGCGGACUUCUUAGAAGCUCUACCGCCACCUCCUUCGGAGAGCACAAUGUCUGUUAAGGAGGAACUUUAUCCAGAGGAAAUGGAAGGCGAACAUAAGAAAGGAGCAGAUGCACCUCAGCAGCAAGGUCCAACUCCGGCUACAGAAAGUGCAGAGUUGGAGGUAGAGGAAGAAAGCGAAGAAGAAUCGCUGUAUCUGACGAUGCCCGAACAGCUAAAGGACAAGUUUAUACCGUUGUAUUUUGUACCAUUCUGUACUAAGGAAGAAGAUGAAAAUGAAAGGAUACUUAUAACAUCAGAUAUAGCUAAAAAAACGAAACAAAGACGUCAAGACAAAAUAGAAGCAGCGCUAGAUCGUAUGAGAGAGUUGCAGCAUUACAAUGAGGUCCACGUACUCGGGAGGCAGAAAGGAAGAGCACGUCUCCUUGAGACUCUGUUCGUUGAUUCGCAAUGGAACCCAGACCUGGCCGAGGUUUUGGAGGAAAGAGACGACGCUAUAGCUCAAGAGGCUCUGAACAGAACCCUUUCAGCGACCAAGAAGAAGCAAGAAGCUAAGAAGAAGUAG